CGGGCAUUCGGUGGGAUGCAGGACAGCAGCGGGAAGACAAACAUGCCUCAACUCAAUGGUGGCGGAGGGGAUGAUCUUGGGGCUAACGAUGAGAUGAUCCCGUUCAAGCAUGAAGGAGAGCAGGAUGAGAAGAUUCAAGAAAACUCUUUCACCGAAAGGGAUUUAGCGGAUCUUAAAUCGUCUCUGGUGAAUGAAUCGGAGAUAAAUCAGAGUCCAAACGUUCCUGCUCCAGGGGCGGUCAGACGGGGACAGCAAGGGGAUCAGAGAAUCUACUCGGACAAGCACAGAGAUCCCCUGGACGAAGUGUCAAAACACCAAGAUGGUGGCGUGUACAAGGCACCUACGUACUCCGGAUACCCAUUUCUGAUGCUGCCGGACGCUUAUCUCCCCAACGGCUCCAUGUCUCCAUCUUCCAACAAAGUAUCUGUGGUCCAACAGCCCCACGGGAUGCACCCCCUCACCCCACUACUGCCUUACAGCAACGACCACUUCAACCCCAGCCCCGCCCACCUGCCGGCAGACAUCAGCCAGAAGCCAGGAAUCCACCGGCACCAGUCCCAGGACCUUUCAGGAUUCUACUCCCUGCCCCCGGGCGGUGUAGGCCAGAUCCCCCCUUCCAUGGGCUGGCAGAGUCAGCCUGUCUAUCCCAUCUCCUCCUGUGGAUUCAGGCAGCCCUACUCCUCUGGUCUACCCAGCAGCUCUUCCUACUCCAGGUUUUCUCACUCCCUGAUGUUGGGCCCUUCAGGCAUGCACUCCACAGGGAUCCCACACCCUGCCAUAGUGCCCUCUACAGGCAAACACGAGCAUGACCAAUACGACCGGAACAUGUACUCCAAACCCCACCAGCAGGCAAAGCAAGAGAAGGAACCGAAGAAGCCAGUGAUUAAGAAGCCCCUGAAUGCCUUCAUGCUCUACAUGAAGGAGAUGCGAGCCAAGGUGAUCGCUGAGUGCACUCUGAAGGAGAGCGCCGCCAUCAACCAGAUCCUGGGCAGGAAGUGGCACGCCCUAACCAGGGAGGAGCAAGCCAAGUACUAUGAGCUGGCCAGGAAGGAACGGCAGCUACACAUGCAACUGUACCCCAGCUGGUCGGCCAGGGACAACUAUGUGAAACAGGGGAAAAAGAAGAGAAGGAAGAGGGAGAAGCAGCAGGACUCCAACUCAGGAGGAAAAAGAAAUGCAUUCGCUUCCUUCAAGGAGGACGCUGUUCCAGCCCCCAUUCUUCCGAUGGAAGUGCUAUAGACUCGCCCCCCGCCACCCACCACCCCCGUGCCCCCUUCCCCUCCCCACGACCCCCCGCUAACCGCCGCCAUUGCCCCCCGAGAACUCUUCCCAGCCUCACUCUCGCCCUCCGCACCGUCUACCAAAGUUGUGGCGGAGGCGCGGAAGAACUGUCCUAACCACUGCCGUCCCCCACGCGCUCCCACCCGCCCCUCUAGCCCUCCCCCGGGGGGCCCCCACCGCUCACCCAUGAUCCCGCCAUCCACUGCCCUUCCCCUCCAGUCCUGGAAGACGGAAAUCUGGCACGUUCCGGAACGCCGACGCCCGCCAGGAGCGCUUGCCGCGAACGAAGAAAACGUAUGGCAGUGACCAUCGCCGGCACGACGCCAACGCCACCGUUGCCCCUGCCGCCGGCCACUCUCCGCCACACCGCGUAACGCUUAAGUAGCAUUUAAUGACGCGUGGCUGCUUUGGCUGAUCAAUCUCAAACUAGCGUUUAUUGAGGCUCUAUCUAAUGGUGCUAGGUUCUCCUUUGUUAUAGGUGAGCUCAUGAUGACAAUGGAAAAGACGCCCCAUCAACCACUCUCAUUUUAACACGCUAAAUUCCUUAAAGGGGUUUUGUGCCAAAAAGACUUUUUUAUCGUGGAAAAUAUUUUACAAAUUUUUUGUUCCUUGCAUGUCGUGUUUGUUACCGAAGUACAUUUCAGGUUGCGUUCCAUAAAGUUUCUAGUCGUGGUUCUUUUUCGGAAAACAGCAGUCAAGUCCAGAACUCUUGUUAGGAGUCGUACUGCAAUUUAGCACUAAACCCACAAACCACCAAAAAAAAAACAAAAAAAAAAAAAAAAACUACAAAACGGUAUUUUUAAAAGCGUGUUUUUUGCAGAGGUAUAUUUAACGUAUACUUAAGUGCAUAGAAAAGGUUUAAUCUGGCUAAAUUUAGAGCAGAUAGUAAUUACAUGUGCUAAAAAAAUAUAUGAAAAAUAGCUUAUCUGAGCGUCAAUUUCGGUCUGGAUAUGCAAGGAUUUGUGCCAAGGUCACAUUUUGAAAAACGUUAAAAUAUACAGUGUCAAUAGCACUCUGCAGUGUGUAUUUUACUGAAUCUGAAAAUAAUUCCAGGAGACCAUCAGCAAAUCAUUCAAACGAUUUUACCAUUGAAAACGCAACUGCAGUUGACUGUUCUAUUUCGGCCCGUUGGUACAGGCCAGGCUUUCGUGGUUUGUGUUGGCACUUUGCAUUAUGGGUAAUUAAUGGGACCGUCACCCAGCUGGCCUGUUUCAUAGGAUGCGAUCGCUUCAGAGGAUGAUGAUGUACGAGCCAUUCAACAUGCGGCUUGUUUGGUGUCGUGGCAUCACCUCUGGAUGAGAUUCUGUGCUGGUACCUAGUCGCCACGAAGACUGAACCAUUAUCAUUAUCAAACUAAAAGAUUUGUGUGUACUGUACUUCAUUUUGUUGUAAAUCUUUUUAUAUAAAUGAACUCAUUAUAUAUAAAACUUUUAUAUGUUGUUUUGUAAAAAAGGAAAAUACAAAAAAUAUUGAGUAUUUUAAGAAGGAAGUACAUUUUUGUUUUAUUUGUUUGGCUAUGGAGGGAACUAAUUUGCAUUUGUAUUCUAAAGCUUCUAUUGUCCAUUUGACCCUGGGAUUCAAGCAGGCUGUAUCACUGGUUGUGACAGUUUGACAAUUUGUGUACGUACUAAACCGAAGAGCCAAAAACGAUGUGAGUGCAGUAGCUUGAUCCUGUCUAAGCUGACAAAAUCCGGUAGCCUGCUGUACGCUAAUGUGCAUUUGUAUUAGUUCCCAAAAAGCUGUAAUUUAAAAGAUGUCCAGCAGGUGGUGAUGAUGUAAUCUGUGAUCUGAUUGGAUAUGGGGUAUACAGGUGUGUAUGACACCAAAUGUUCUUUUGUAGAGGUGUAGACUGGUUUCUGUUUUUUUUUAUAUAUACCGCAGGUCUCUUCUUAGCUGUAAUUAAGCCCUUGCUUCACUAAAUUUCACAUCAAUGCAUGUGGAAGACAGUUACGCUUUUUUUUUUUAAACUGAUGUUGUGAACAUCAUGCAAUUUAUUAAAGUUUCUUUGAAUUUUGCAA